AUGUUAUCCGGGAAUACGCUCGUGCGAGACACGCUGAAUGAGUUACGAGUAAAUCCACAGAACACACUCCUGGAACCGUCCACUUUGGACUACGUCAAUCUGGUCAAUAAAGGUGAAUUUUUCACGCUCCAAACCCCAGUGCAACAACCGGGGCAGUCACGCGCUGCGGAUGAGAAGCUGAUCGAGCAUUUCUCCACACUGACACGCAAACUACGUCACAUAAUGUCAUGGUCCUUCAUUAAAGAUCCCGUGUCGGGUGAUUUGUGCUUGAAUAGACUGGAAGAGAGUAUGGCACGAGGAAUCAAUAUAACGCGGUCAGUUGUGCAACAUAUUGAGGAUUUCAUGGCCGGUGCAGCAAAAUCGCGAAACGUGGUUGACUUGGUUCAGCGUGCGGUGAGUGGGAAUGCGGAGGCAACUCAAGAAUUAUCAGCUUUGUUGGGCAGUGGACGAUGCUCGUAUUUGCUCACCACGGUUCAAGAAGCACAAGGUCAAGUCGCGGAUCGAUUAUUACGACAUUGUGCAACUGAUUGUAAAGUGCGUGCCAUUGAAAGUUUGUUAAAAAAGCUAGAAUCCAAAGCAGAGGAUGAAAUUGAGAAGUAA